AUGCGCUUCUCUUCAACCUUGAUCGCUGCUGCGUCUCUCUCGCUGUUCAGCGUCAACAGUGUCCACGGAUACGGCAUCUUAGGCCAUACACUGACCGGUCAAGUCGCACAGCUCUUUUUGACACCCGAGACAGCACGACAGGUCAAGGAAAUUCUGUCGCCCUAUUAUGACGGUCUUCUCUCCAAGGCAGCACCAUGGCCCGACACUAUCAAGGGCCAAGCCAAAUAUCGAUGGGCUUCGGUUUUCCAUUAUGUCAAUACACCAGGAGACAACCCUCCAGAGAGCUGCAGGUUUGAGUAUGUGUACUCGGGGCACGAUGUCGUCAAUGGCCUCUUCAAUAUGACGUCGCAGCUUUUGCAGUACAAGCUUGCUGAGCCCACCACACCAGAAGACAAGUCGACCCGCGAAGAUGCGUUGCGGUUCUUUGUCCAUUUUAUGGGUGACGUUCACCAGCCCCUUCAUGCCUCUGGGAAGGAGCGCGGCGGUAAUAAUGCGCCUGCCAAGUGGGGCAGGGCCAGGACGAGUCUUCACCGCAUCUGGGAUGGACAGCUGAUCUUGAAAGACAUCAAGGACAGAUUCGACAACAACCCCAAGGCAUAUCUGGAUAACAUGGUCGACAUGACCAGCAAUGUCUGGCUGCCUGAAGCAAGCAACUGGACCUACUGCAACCCCGAGAAGAACCAAGGCGACAACCCAUGGUCCGAGUCCACCAAGUUGAUCACCAAACUGUGUCCAAUGGAGUGGGCGAGGGACAUGAACCAGCUGGAUUGCUCGUUUGUCUGGAAGGACUAUGACUCCCUGCGUGAUUACUCUGGCGAGUAUUUUGAGGGAGUCACCGGCGAGAAGAACAGCUACCUGGUGCAGAGGCUGAUUGCGAUGAGUGGUGUCCGCAUGGCAGCUAUCCUCAACGAGAUCUAUGACCCACCAGUCCCAUAUUCCAUGAACCCAUUGAGGGAGGAGCUCAAGGACGAGACCGUCGUACCAUUCAACCUGCGAAUCGUUAAGCAGAGAUAA